AUGGAUCCUAUCUAUCGUAUUCCGCCUUAUUAUUAUAUUCAUGUAUUAGACCAGAAUACAAGUGUGACACGAUUGGAAAUUGGUCCAAAAACAUUUUUUAGACAGGACAAUGAGAGAAUAGUUUUUGAACCCAGUAAAAUGAUCACUCUACCGCCAAGACAUUAUUGUGUUAUUGAAAAUCCUGUUGUAAAAAAUGAAGAUGAUCAAGCACAAUUCGACAACAAUGGUCAGGCAAAAUUGUUGCAUGGCAGCCUAGAUGUUAGACUGGAAAAAGAUUAUAAAGAACCAUUUCCAUUGUAUCCUGGUGAAGUUUUAAAACAGGCUCCCACACUUGUAAAAUAUGUUGCAACUAAUUCAGCAUUAAGAUUAAAAGCCGUUUUGGAUUUUGAUGACAAUGGAGAGCAGCGAAAAACUGGAGAUGAAUGGUUAUUCGAAGGACCAGGUACUUAUAUACCCCGCAAAGAAGUAUCAGUCGAAGAACAUAUUGUUGCUACCGUGAUCGGUCCUAAUCAAGCAGUAAAAUUGAGUGCUAAAAAAGAACUUAUCGAUCGUAUGGGUCAACAUCGUGUGGCAGGUGAAAAUUGGUUAGUAAAGCAAUUGGGUGCUUAUGUACCAUUGGCUUAUGAAACGGUUGUAAGCCUUGAAAAUGCCUAUGUUGUAACAGAUAAAAAAGCAUUGCACCUACGUGCACUGAAAACAUUCAAAGAUGAUUUUGGUCAAACAAGAAAUAAUGGUGAUGAAUGGCUCGUCACAAAAGAACAAACUGAAACAUAUAUUUUGAACGUUUAUGAACAACUUGUGAGCAUUGUUAAUAUAAAUAUACUGACUUCAAGACAAUAUUGCGUUAUCUUAAAUCCAGUUUCAUGUAAGAAUGUUAGACGUUGA